UAAAGGUUGUUUAUAUCAACCCGUGUUAAUAACGGGAUCGGAAAACGAAACUUAAAGAACAUUUAUAUCGGUUUGUGUUGCAAUAAUUGGUUAAAAUAUAUACCUGGGGCUGACACUGUUCCUAAAUUAAAGAGAAAUUCACAAGCAAGACUAUUCGAAUGGAUACCCCUGAUCAAGUACCAGGUAGAAAAAAAAUUAGUACAAGGCUAGUUCCAACCCCUGAUCAAGUACAAGGAAGAAAAGAAAGCAAAUUUAAAGCUCAGAUGGAUGAAAAAGAAAAUGACCGACAAAUCAAGGCGCUGAAAGACCGGGUCGAGGUCUUGGAGAAUCAACUUAAAUCGCGUUCUUCUUCUGAUGCAGAUUCUGUGAAAUGUGCAACAUUAGAAAAAGCAUUGUACCAUAGCACACAGUACAUUGAUCGACUUACGGCUGAACUAGAAACCGUUAAGAAGCAGAGCGCACAAGAAAUGAAUCGACUUAGAUUUGCUCUAGAAAUAGCUAAGAAAGAGAGCGCACAGGAAAUUCAUCGACUGAAGGCUGCUCUAGAAACAGCUAAGCUCAGCAAAGUUGUUGGCGAGAAGCCGAUGAAGGACAACACUAACAUAGCUGAUCUCAGUGACAAGAAUAGACCAACAAAACUAGGAGAGUUGUACACAGAGUUAUACGACAACGAAUGGACGGAUGCAUAUGUAGCGCUAACACAAUCAGAAUACAACGAAACAGAGCCUAUAGCAACUCUGUUUGAGACAUUAAAGGUUUGUUUCGAGUUCUGUCAGUCAAAGGCCGAUCAGGUCUUGGAGUCCACCGUGGAAGCAGCUGCAAACGUCCUUUUCCAAGAAGUACACGAACAAAUGAAAGAAACCUUUUCAGAAUUGGAGUCAAACGUUAGCAGAAGUGUCAAACAGGAUAAUCGUCCCGGUGUUGGUGUGGCGAACAAGUUGCACUUUGAAACGUUAGGACUUCGGCACAGGUGGACUCACAAACUAUGUAUCCAAAAAAUAUAUCGGCCACCAUCCUUUGAAGAAGAACUGACAAGAAUCCGAAAACAGAUGUCACUUGCCCUAAUUCAAGUGGUACAGAAGGCAUUUCUGAAGACUUAUUGGGACAAAUAUUUUAUUCCGGCUAUGAAGCCCUUCAUCAAGAAAUGUCUGUUCCUCUGCUGGAUGAUGGUAGCACAGGGACCUCAGAUGUGCUUUGACUGGAGCACCAAACAUGGGUCGCAGUUUGACACGAAUCUGUAUCGGCACUACAUGUCAUCGGGAACGGUGGUAGAGUUUGUUGUGUGGCCCGCAAUGUACUUACACAAAAAGGGGCCUUUAAUUGCUAAAGGCGUUGCACAACCUGUUGUAAAGACCGCGUAGUUUCAGGACUUGUACCACACUAUCAAAUGCACUAUCAAUCGUACAUUUAUCUUUUCUUAUUUGUUUAUAAAACGAGUUCUAACGAUGAUGUUGAAUUUUCUAUAAGAUUUGUUUUAUCUUGAAUUACUUGCAAGUGUUUAUAUAAACCCUAAUUUCUUAUGAGCAAUCUGGAAAUUUUAACCCAUGAUCUCGACCAAAUUUUAGUUCCAGUUACAAAGCUCAGCCUCUGGCUUCUCAAAAUAAAAACACAUAGGUUUGAAUAUCCGCUACCUACAAAUGUACUAACCAGACACGUGUCUUUUUUGUUCGGCGUACCUUUUAAACAUGGGUUUUGGAAUAUUUAUGAACAUUUUUACUGAAGGUAUAUUGUGCUCAGAAGGCUUAUUGUGUACACAAUGUAUUUGUUUACAUUAUUGUUGAUUUUAUAUUUAAUUCAUUUGCAUUCGAA